AUGGUCGGUUCCAGCGCUUCCCGAUGUCUACGUGACCUGCCCAAGUGUGAGCACCAUCUCCAUAUUGAAGGCUCCCUAUCACCAAGCCUCCUCUUUCGUCUCGCAGCUACAAAUAAGAUCUCGCUCCCUUCCAUCGAGACGGAUCCCGCCUUUGCCUCCCCCGAGGCUCUCGAAGAUCGCUAUACCCGCUUCGCCUCUCUCGAUGAUUUUCUCCGCUACUACUUUAUCGGAAUGUCGGCCUUGAUCACCGCUGGCGACUUUGAGGCUCUGGCCUACGAGUACUUUACUCGAGCCAACGGAGACGGGGUUCAUCAUGCCGAAAUUUUCUUCGAUCCGCAGGCACACACCUCCCGGGGCGUCGCAUACGAGACGGUCGUAUCCGGACUAGAGGCAGCCCAGAAACGAGCGGCGAAGGACUACGGACUGACAUCGACGUUAAUCCUAUGCUUCUUGCGCCACCUUCCCGCCAGCGAUGCAAUGGACACGUAUCGAGCUGCCGAAGCGUCGGGACACUUCUCCAGUGGAACAGUCGCUGGUAUCGGGCUGGACAGCAGCGAGGUUGGCUUCCCGCCGGAGAUUUUCCGCGAGGUUUACCAGGCGGCGGGCGAGGCUGGGAUCCGGAGGACGGCGCACGCAGGCGAGGAAGGGGACGCGACUUACAUCUCGAGGGCACUGGACCUUUGCAAGACGGAGCGGAUCGAUCACGGCAUCCGGUUGGUGGAGGACGAGACGCUGCUGAAGAGGGUUGCCAGGGAUCAAGUUCUGGUGACCAUGUGCCCGUUGAGUAAUGUCAGACUGAGAUGUGUCAAAGAGGUCGCAGAGCUGCCCGUCAGAACGUUCGUGGACGAGGGUAUCAGGUUUUCUAUCAAUAGCGAUGACCCUGCAUACUUCGGUGGAUAUAUACUUGACAACUACGAAUCGGUACAGGAGGCCUUUGAACUGAGCUUGAAGGAGUGGAAGUUCAUCGCUGUUGCGGCUAUCGAGGGAAGUUGGUGCGAAGCUGAGCGAAAGAAGGUCUUGCUCAACAAGGUCGACGAAUGGGCCGAGAAGUAUAAAGAUAUCCCCCUGUAA